UCUCCACACCGCACACUUUAUUUAAUUCCGUUAAACCGGCCGAUGAAAGUGCACACGAAAAACUGAAAGAAUUAAAUUUGAGUGCUGACAACACCAAACAGACAAAUUUCGAAGACAAAAAAGUGAAAAUAGAAAAAGACGAGAAAACUGAAAUUAUUAAAACGCCGGAGAAGAAGAGCAAAAUUGUGACUGUUGAAAAGCUUGAAAAGAUGGAGGAGGAGAACGACGAGAACAACGAGAACAACACGGACAACGAAAACGAGGAGAAAGACGAGAAAGACAACAGCGACAAAUCAGAAGAGAAAGAAAAAGAGAAAGAAAGUAAAGAACUGAAAACGCCAAAAAAGACUCAAAAAGUCACAAAGGAGAAGAAAGAGAAGAAAACCCGCACGAAGAAGUCGCGCACAAAAAAGGCGAAGACCGAGAAAGUUGACAAACAAGACAAAUUCGAGAAGGCCGAGAACUCGGAGAUCUCCGAGAAGAGUGAAGUGUCUGAAAAAGUCGACGACCACGAACCUUCGAAGCUUUCAAAAGGCGCAACAACACCGAAAAAAGUGGACGACAAACAUUUUCAAAAAGUGUUAAAGAGUGAAUUAAAAAGUUUGAAUGACAAAUGUGAAGAGAAAACGGACUUAGAAGAUCAAUUUUCUGUUGUAGAUGGAGCGGAGACGGAGAGCGAUGAGAUGGACCCGACGGCGUUUCAUAAAGUCGACGAGAAAGUUGUUCCCGAGUUUAGUGAGAGUGUGAUCUUGUCGUACACCAACGAGAAGUAUGUCGACGACUUUUUGAGCGAAACGGAGAAGACGCAAUUGAGUGUUUGGGGGCGGAGGAGUGUGAAAGAUAUUGUGUUUGACUCAGAAAAGGAUCCGUCGGGAAAGAAGGGGAAAACGUUUGGGGAACGAGUGACGCGGUGUGACGGGUUUGUUAUAGUUGUGGAAGCUGCAGAUGAGACGAAGUUUGGUGUAUAUGUGCAAGAGCGAGUGGAGAUAGGUGUGCCUUUGUUGGAAGAAAAUACCGCGUUUGUCUUUUUGUUGAAGGAAAACGGAAAAGAGUCGAUGAAAAAAUAUUCGAUAGAAAAGAAAGACAAAAAUGUGUCGUUUUUACUCGCCACCCCACAGAGCAAAUUUUUGUUUGAGGCGGAAGAUAGAAGCGUGUGGGUGACGAAAAAGAUACAGAAGAAAAGUGUGUGCUUCUUGUCGGACUACGACGAGAAGAACGUCGCCAUUAAAAUGGGAAAGGAAGAGGAAAAGAAGAAGGAAAAAGAGGUCAAGAGGUUUGUCGUGUUUCGAUUGGAGAAACAAUAA